AAACCCUCUGGGGGCCUAAAAAUACCGUGGAAAAAAAUUUUACUAUCGCUGCCCUGUUGGGCCAUCAUUGUGGCCCACUCGUGUAACAAUUGGGCCAAUUAUACAAUUCUCGUGUGUCUACCGUUGUUUAUGAAGGAAGUUAUGGAGCUGGAGGUGCAACAGAAUGGACUCUACACAUCCCUACCUUACGUAUUUAGUUUUUUGAUGGCGAUUCUUUCCGGUCACGUGUCCGACUUGUUGAUCAGGCGGAAGUGGUUGAGUGUGGCCAAUACAAGAAAGUUGUUGCAGACGAUAUCUUCCGUUAUCCCAGCGAUCCUCUUGAUAGUAGUGGGAUACCUGGAUAAGGAUGACGUCAUCCUGGUUAUUUGUUUGCUCUGCGUCAUUGUCUCAGUUAAUGCUCUCUGUCGGUCCGGAAUGAUGGUCAAUCACAUUGAUAUAGCUCCGAGAUACUCCGGUAUAUUGCUGGGUAUCUCCAACACAGUGGCAACAGUACCAGGUAUCCUUGGGCCGGCUGUUGUCGGGUGGAUCACUACUAAUGUUAGAAGAGAUUUUGAAUGGCAAACAGUAUUUCAAAUUUGUUCCGUCCUAUUGCUGUUCAGUAGCAUCUUCUACUGCAUUUUCGCACAGGGGGAGCUACAAGAAUGG